AAAAAAAAAAAAAUGCUUAUACAUGAUCAUUUUAAUACACCUGUUGUGCAAGUCAUAUUAUUGGGCUUUGUUUGUCUAUGUUGUCCUGGUAUGUUUAAUGCCUUAUCAGGUCUGGGUGCAGGUGGAUCUAUGAGUUCGGAUGUGGGUCUAACAGAUGCUGCUAAUGGUGCGCUUUAUGGUUGUUUUGCAAUUGUAGGGUUCUUUGCUGGUUCAAUUACAAAUACGCUUGGUGUCAAAUAUACAUUGACAAUCGGAUCAAUUGGCUAUGCCAUUUAUUCAGCUGCAUUCUGGGUUUAUGAUCGUAAACAUGUUUCUGGAUUUGUCGUAGCAGCUGGUGCUAUCCUUGGAUGUUUAGCAGCCAUCUUCUGGUCUGCUCAAGGCGCGAUCAUGAUGUCCUAUCCUGAAGAAAAGAAUAAAGGUAAAUCUGUAGCUAUAUUUUGGGCUCUCUUUAAUUGUGGUGGUAUCAUUGGAUCCUUGAUUACACUUGGAAUGAAUCUAAAGAAUACAAAUAAAGGAGGUGUCUCUACUGGCACCUAUACGGCAUUUGUCAUUAUUAUGUUGGCAGGUGUCUUAUUUUCAUUCACAUUAGCAAAUCCCUCUAAAGUGAUUCGAUCUGAUGGUACACGUGUUGUUGUUUCGAAAUCUGCUGAUUGGAGAACUGAAGUUAAAGGUGUUGUGAAGGUAUGGAAGGAAUGGCGUAUGCUUGCUUUAGUCCCUGCUUUCUUGGCUUCCAAUUGGUUUUAUGCUUAUCAAUUCAAAAUCAAUUCAAUUUAUUUUGAUCCUUCAACAAGAGCCCUGAACGAUCUUCUCUACUGGGCUAUGCAAGUGACUGGAUCUGGCUUGCUUGGUUAUUUACUAGAUCUUCAAUCACUUAAACGUCGUACACGUGGCUUAAUAGCUCUCUGUAUUUUAUUUUUAGUCUUAAAUAUAGUAUGGGCAGGUGGUUUCGCUUUCCAAUUAACGUUUGAUGCUUCGACUUAUUCUGACCCUAUUCACUGGACGAGUCAUCGUUUUGGAGGACCCUUUGUGUUAUUCAUCUUUUACGGGUUCUCGGAUUCCAUCUAUCAAACUUAUUUAUAUUGGUUAAUGGGGGCCAUGUCCAAUGACCCUGCUCUCUUGGCUCGUUAUGCUGGAUUUUAUAAGGCUGUACAGUCAGCGGGUGCAGCGAUAGCCUUUGGCAUUGAUGCAUCCUCUGUUCGUCUUCGUUGGGAGUGUCUGAUUUGUUGGAUCCUUGUCUUUAUCUCGUUUCCAUUUAUUUUCCUAGUAGCAAAUAAGAUUAAAGAUACCAACAUCUCUCUGAUAGUAGAAGAGAAUGAUUUGAAGGAAGAAAUAUCAACUCCUUAUCAAAAUGAUACAAAAAUCACAGAUCCAUUAGAAAAAGCUUGCUAAAAAAAAAAACUCCCCUCCUACUUUUUUGUUCUAAUAUCUUUC